CAUGUUUGCAUCAUCAUCAUCAUUAAUAAUAAUACAAACCACAGCAUGUCCAAUUAUCAUGGAAUCAUAGACUUCUAUGAUUCCAACAUUUGGAAACGUUGGGGUUUGCAUCAUCAGCAUUACCAAUAUCUGUUGCUCCCUGCAAUAGUUUAAGAAAGGAAAAAGUGCUCUUAUUUAUUGAUAGCAAUUAUUGAUGAUGAUGAUGAUGAUGAUGAUGAUGAUGAUGAUGAUGAUGCCAGGACACUUGUUCUUCUACUUAACCCUUGCUUCCAACACUGCAGUGAGCAACAGAUAUUUGGACAUUUUGGGAAGGCAGGUGGAUGGGCGAUGCUCAAUCCCUGACUCUGGGAGGGAACUCUUCCAACCUUCCCCUCCCUUGAAAAGAAAAAAAAUCCCUUUAAAACUGAGAUGAGAGAGAGGGAGAACCAGCCUCCAACAUCCCCUGCUUUAUCUUUAUACAUUUAAAAAGCUCCUCCCCAUCCCUCUGUUCAUUUUUGGGCAUCCAAAGCCCAACAACCUGUGUGCCUCGGUCUUAUUCUUUGCAGCUUUCCUAUUGCUCAAGGAAGGCGUGAAAAAAGCGAAAAUUGCAAUUGCGAGAGAGCGUGCAAUUGUGCGUCUGAUGUGACAAAGGAUCCUUGGUUGUCUUUGCACCAUCCCCUUCUCGGUUGCGUUUUGUUUGGCAAGUCUUUGCGACGGAUCGAUGGAGCAGCCAACCUGAAAGUGGCACAUUGCAGGACGGCGUGCGCCGUGUGCGGCUGCCUAAUGAAUUGGGCUUUCAAGCUGCACAGGCUGAACUUUGUUUUAAAUAGGAAAGAAGGAGCAGGAGGAGGAGAAGAAAGCAGCUUGAAAUGGACCUGAAAGAGACAGAUGGAGCAGAAACUCACAAGGCUUAGCAAAGGCCAAGACGGACAUCUCUUAAUUUGGAUUAUAAAAACCCUCGAUCCAUGGAGGAUUAUCUCGUUCCAGUCUAAGACGCUUGCUUUCUCCUUGGCUUCUCUGGUUCUUACACAAGGCUAUUGGCGGUUCCUUAGCACCGCCAUUGGAUAAAAGGGACAAAUGGCCAAGUGGCUGAAGGAUUACUUGAGUUUUGGGAGCAGGAGGUCUCCCCCGCAGCCUCCCAAACCAGACUACACAGAGAGCGAGAUCUUAAAGGCCUACCGGGCACAGAAGAGCUUAGAUUUUGAAGAUCCCUAUGAAGAUGGUGAUGGGAAACCUGAUACGGAUCCUGGCGGGUCUCCCAACAAGGCGGCAACUCCCGGCACCGGCCCAGAUGGAAAAUAUGGUUCUCCAAAGCACAGGCUUAUCAAAGUAGAAGCCUCGGACCUGAAUAGGAGCAAAGCGCUUUUGGCCACAACGGAUGAGGAAGGGAUACCAGAUCAGCCCCCUGGUGAGAGUGAAUACUCAGAUCCAUUUGAUGCGCACCGGGAGCCCAAAGGAGACGGAGAUGAAGAGCCUGGCUCGGAGAAUAAUGGAUACAUGGAACCCUAUGAUGCCCAGAAGGUGGUGGUGGAUUUCCAGAGCAAAAAUGACUGGGAUGAGCGAAAGGUGAAGAAAUCACGGAUCGGAUUGCAGUUGUACGACACUCCCUACGAAGAGAAGGAUACAGAGGUUGACCCAGAGGGCUCCUCCAUUGAAAAACCCCGUGAGAGCCGUUUGCCUCAGGAUGAUGAGCGGCCGGCUGACGAAUACGACCAACCUUGGGAAUGGAAGAAGAACCACAUUUCUCGGGCUUUUGCAGUAGACAUUCAGGAGACUAAAGUCUUGCCCUGGCCACCACCGGUAGGACAACUCACGGAGAGUGAGGAAGCCCUAGAUCCAGAAGUGCAAUUUGAGAGCCCAGAAUGGGAGCGGACGUCCUCAGCCUCUUCCAGCCACAAAGAGCGUUGGCGUCCCCCAAAACACCCGGCGGGGAGUUCGAAGUUUGGACGGUCCCAGAGCCCCGAAAAUAGCCUUGCUGUAGCCGAGAGAGUAGACCCUUCGUUGCCGCUGGAAAACCAAGCGUGGUUCCAUGGCACAAUAAGCAGAGCCGACGCGGAGUCCCUCCUGACGCUUUGCAAAGAAGGGAGCUACUUGGUCCGGAACAGUGAGACCAGUCGCAACGACUUCUCCCUCUCGCUCAGGAGUUGCCAAGGAUUUAUGCACAUGAAGUUCACCCGGACCAAGGAGAACAAGUACGUCUUGGGCCAAAACAGCGCUCCUUUCGACAGCAUCCCGGAGGUCAUCCAUUACUACACGUCCCAGGAGCUGCCAGUCAAAGGAGUGGAACAUUUCUCCUUGCUCUAUCCUGUGGCCGUUCAGACUCUGUGAUGGACGUUACGGCUGCCCACAUCGUGGAGGCGAAGGGGCUGUUUUUGAUCCAAAGAGACUUGGCAUGAUGAUUGUCUGGAUGGACGGCGGGGUCUCGAUAGGGGUGACUCGCAGACAAUCUCUCCCCAUACCUUUGGGGCUUUCUCACAUCGGACCUAGGAAGGUGCACACUUUGCCUUCCCUAAUUUCCAAGCAAUACUGGUGCCAAUUGGCUUCCAAACUGCCCACCUGCCAUCCUGGUGCCCUCCUCCUUGAGACUAUUGUUAUCUGUUUUGCUCCAGGUCACUGGAAAGCUGGCAAAGCUCUCUACUUUGCUCUUAACACCUCUGGUCUUGCAUAGCUCCUCUUCUCUGAAUGAGAAGAGCGAAGUUCUUUUGCAAAAUGCUGAGGAGCAUUUCAGGAACUUUGGUGCUGCAAGGAAAUGUUCUCCACCCUCCUAGGAAGGAAUCCCAGGUUGUUUUUAAUAGCGCUGCUUCUUGCAGAACCUAUUUUUCUUUGGGAGAACUCAUGGAGAAGCUGAGGUUUUGCAAAGUGGAGUGAGCCAGGGUCGAACCUUGCAAUAGCAUUGCCCCUUCUUCCCCAUUGAUGGGAGAAGGUUGCUCAAGCAGCUUUGCUCUUGCAAAGCUUAUCUGGUUCCUGUCAUAACCUGUUGUUGCUGCAGUGUUAGAUUGAGCCCAUGUUUUGAUGGUUCCUCCUUGAUACUGCACCCGCACUGCAUAAAUGAUCCAGCUUGAUGUCACUUUGGCCUCAUUCCCACUACCUUUCAAACCGGAUCGCAAUUUGUUUUGAACCAGCUCAAACAAACCUGGUUACUAUUUAAAUUGAUUCACUGAAGUGAUUCAGUGAGGGGGGGCCAUGCACCAGACCCAUUUAACCCGCGUCUUUUUGACACUGAUUUUUACAGGGGUUUUUUCACCAAAUCGAUUCACCGCAAAUGUGAACCACAAGUGGAUCAGAAUCGAUUCAAAUUUGCCCUUCGGCCAGCUGGAACCGAAUCAUUUUGAAUCGAUUCAUUUGUGAUGCCAGAAAAUGUGAUUGGGGCAAGUGUAGUGUAAACCAUGAUCAGAUGUAAAAUCAAUCCAUUGAUUCGGAUCGCACACUGAUGUAUCUGUAAGUGGGCAUGAGGCCUUAGUGCCAUGGCUCAAUGCUAUGGCAUUCAGGGUAUUGUAGUUUCUUGUAGUACCAGAGCUCUUGGACAGAGAAGGCAGAGUGUCUCACAUAACUACAGUCUCCCGAAUUCUAUAGUAUUGAGCCAUGGCAGUUAAAGUGGUGUCAACCUGGAUUAUUUCUGCAGUCUGGAUGCAGCUUGAGCCUGUGCUCAGUUUGAUUCCAAGGGCGCUGGGCAUUCAGGUUUCCCUCCCUAGGUUUCUUUGGAUUAACUGUAUCUUUCAGACCAGCCAAAAUCUAACACAGAGCUCUGGAUUGAUCUGAUGAAUCCAUUUUUCCUAUAUGUCUGGAUUCUGCCUUAGCCUCCCUUUUUAAGUAAUCUGGAGACCUUUCUAUCUAAUCCAGACUGAUCGGAGACUUGGAAGGCUUUCUCUCCUGCUCCAUGUACAACAUAAAGGUGUGGGGGGGGGAUCUCCUGAAAAGUUAUAUAUCUGCAAUAAGUUUUCACUCAAGAGUAUUGUAAUGACCGGCAUAGUAUCCAUUGUGCAACCAUGAAGGAUGACCAAAUCUGUCCAGUUUGCCAUUCAGUUCAUUUUCCUGCCCCAUCCUCUGAAGAAAUGUGGUUUGAAUGUAGGUAAGUCCUGCUGAAACAAAAAUGCACAACCAAACAAAAUUCUCAACCAUAUAUAUAUAUAUAUAUAUGAGAAACAAAUGCCAUAAGGCCAACAUAUCAACUCACCUUUCAUUUUAAUCCACAUCUUGCUGAUGAAGAAAGUUGCAAAUAUUGGAAGACCCCUUAAAAACAAAGCAAAUUCGCACUAGUUCCUGGUGGCCACCAUGAAAUAACAAUAUCAAUGUCCUCCUCCUCCUCUUCUUCCUAUUAGCAAAAUAAAAGAUGCAACAUUGUGUAGCGGGAAAAGAACAGAUUCCAAAUUCAAGAGCUUUCGUGAAGUCGAAGGCUUCCAUGGCCGGCAUCCAUAGUUUUUUGUGGGUUUUUUGGGCUGUGUGGCCAUGUUCUAGAAGGGUUUCAAGAGCUUUCCUCCAAAACAACUACCAAAGAGAAAGAGACCGUGUCCCAAGUUCAUUUUUAAUAGGGCUGUGAAGUGAGGGAGAAGCUCAGAUUGUGUGGAUGUAUUAUCAGGAGUGUAGCUACUACUUCUUCUUGUUGCAUGCCUUCAAGUCAUUUCCGAUUUAUGGAGACCCUUAGGCGAACCUAUCACUGCCACUAGCCAGAGCGGGAAUGGCCAACGAAUAGGGCAAAAACGGGAACACACCACACAAUAAGGACACAUUAAAUGUAGAGAGGAGGAGGAGGAGGAGAAGGGAAUGUGGGGCCAGCUUCAGCUUGUGGUCCCAUGUUAAUGGGAUUGUGAAUCCAAGCCAGGAUUUCAUUAGCUUCAAAAGAACUCUCCAAGGUACUGAAUGCCUAUAGAAACAGAGUUUAGCACCAUGGAGAGCAACUUCAAAUCCUGGUAUAAAUUCCACCUUCUGACACGGAAGUCACCAGUUUCCGCUAUGUGGGGCUACCAGUUUGGCUACUGGCCAUGCCAUUACUGUAAUAAUCCAUUUUUCCCAGCCUGGGACUGAAGCUUCUGCUGGUCCUUGGCUGGCUAGUUGUCUCCUUGUGCCUCGCUGUCCCUGCCACCUUUGUCCCUUGUUUACUCGGGCGUCUGUAUGUGAGACUGUUCCUCCUGUCCUGUGUUUUCGGGUGCAAUAUAUCCCCACCUUCCUUGCCAUUACGGUGUUGCCUUUUGAUUAAAC